AUGAUACAGCAGCAAAUUUUCAACAACACGACCACUUCAAUGUCGUCCCUUAGCGGAGGCUAUGAAGCCACAGUGAACAGGUCUAUUUUAAUUCCACUGUCAGUUACUUGGGCUGUACUAGGACUCGUGUCGACUGUACUGAACAUCGUGGUUUGCUUAAUAGUUAUGCUCGACAAAAAACUGUGGACGGUCACAAACGCCUUCGUGGUGUCCCUUUCCUUGUCCGAUCUUCUGGUUUCCGUCGCCCUUAUUCCGAUCUACAUUUACGAGAACUUUUCACUCACAGCCACUCCAAUCACCGGAUAUGUGAUCGCCUUUCUCCUUUUAGCGUCCAUUUUAAACAUCGGUGCAGUUACGUACGAGAGGUACAUAGCGUUAACGCGUCCCCUAGGCUACCGCAUCACAAUGAACACUACUAAGGUUGCUGUGAUUAUCUCCAUCUCUUGGAUUCUACCAUGUGGUAUUUCUAUACUACCGCUUGCCUGGGAUGCCGACCCAUCAACGACUUAUCACAAAGUGUACAUGAUUGUUACUGUUUUCGGAUUUGUUUUAUUGCCGUGUUUAGCUAUGGUUUGGAUUUACGUGAGAUUACUACGUGUCGUACGCCAUUUCAUUUCACGCAAUCGCCGUCGCUCUACUUGGGGCAACAGAACCGGUGAACGUGCAGGAAAGGAAGAGAAAGCCGUGGUGGUGUUCGCGAUGAUUUUUGGAACGUUUUUGCUGUCUUGGAUGCCUCUUAUUUACAUCAAUAUUUGUGAGAUAUUUGGCCAGCUUCAACUGAUCACAGCGCCGGUGCUUUACGCCUCUUUUUACACCUUACUUUUUAACACCAUCAUGGAUCCGUUAAUUUACGCAUUUCUUAAGAAAGAUUUCACGGAAAGUUUAAAAAGAAUCUGUAAAGAGCGACUUUCAAAUAACAACAACAAGAGCAGAGAAGAUUCACAGGUGGAAAUAAGCUUAACACAAACACAGAUCAAAAGAGGAAGUUCUUGGCGACGAAAUUAA